CGCUAAAAUAUCAGCAAUUUAAUUAAAUUAACAUCGUUGAGAGCUAUUAGUGUGAAAAAUAAAAGCUUGGCAAAUUUAUUAGUGUCAGCUUGUGCAACUCCUUUAAGGCGCAGCGUGAUUAAUAAUGUCAUUGAAUGUUUCCCAUAAGAGCAGUUUUAAUUAUCUUGAAGUAUUUUUCAAUUGUUUUCUGUAUUAUUUUUGUGCUUUUAAAACCAUUGAGUGGUGAUUUCAUCAAACAUUUUUAUCUGGAAUAAUCCAGAAAAUUUCAUAAAAAACUCGAAGCUAUGAUUAAUGGAAAUAUUAAUUAUAUAGAUAGAUAUAGGUUUAUCGAUAACCGUUCGGAAAUAAUCAAAACUAGAUGUUAAGUCCGAUAAUCAGUUAGACUGAAGGAAAGAUUGGCAGAGUCAUCAUAUGAA